UAUGACAUCAGCGGCGCUGUUGCCUUGUACGAGCGCAGUCACGACAGGCAACGACGGCGAGGGCCUACUUUUUGAUCAUUUUUCUUAUUCUUUUUUUCUUCUUCGUUUUCUGCUGUUUUUUCGUCGCGUUCAAUUGACGUCAGUGGACAAGCGACGCACUUUAGUGUCUUCACCGUGGAAGCACGGCACGAAGCGGCGUCGUUCGCCUCGCUAGCCGCGUCAGACGCCGAGUGUGAGCGACUGGGCGGCCGCCGUCCUCGGCGGCCUCUAUGCGCGCUCUUCAGCCGUCCGACACCGCGUGAACUUUGUGAAGAGGCGUUGGCCACACAAUCCGACAGCUGGCUUUCAUGCAGAGCAGAGCUUUUGCAACCUUGCUCGUCGUCACGGAACCAUGUGACGUCAGUGGCUCGUCGAUGCCAGUCCAGUGUACACAGGUGCCUUUGCUUCUGAAGCUGGGGCCACAGUCGUCCCAGUUGGAGCUCAACCUAGCACCAUAUUGAUCCAAAAGUGAGAUGACGGUUUCCCCACAUGGACAGUGCGUCCUGUUCCGUGAGCCAAGGGGGGGUGCAGAGACCCUAGACAUGGCUGCAGGUGGUCCGGAGCACAAGGAGGAAACCCUGCAGACGGCCUUUAAGAAGCUGCGAGUGGAUGCCAACAAGGCACUCGUGGCAGCUGGCAUGCCUGAAACUCCUCGAGUGGUGUCCGUGGCCAAACACAGUGGUGCGUCCAAGGACAACUGGCAUGGCUGUGCAAGGAAAGCGCCGCGGGGAGCCAGUAAGACGCCGCGGCGGCGGCGUUCCGAGUCACCCAUUCUGCACCCCCCGAAAUUCACCUACUCUGUCACGACAACCCCUGCGGGAGGCCUCAAACAGCGCACCAAGCUCGGCCCCACUUCCCCCGUCAGCUUCAGCGGGGCCGCUUCUCGACCCCCCAGUGCAGCCAUUCUUUCUUCUGAGCUUGCGGAGAAGGACCGGCACGGCUCAGGAAGCGCCCGGGAAAAGGAAGACACCCACGCGUCUGACUUUGGACUUUUGUCCAAGCGGCGCGUCGACGGUGGCCUGUGCGCGUGCUUGCCUGCAGGCGAGGGCCUGAAGGCUCAGGAGGAAGUGAGCGAUGGCACCGCCCCGUGUCGCUGCACAUCCGAACCGGGCGCUUGGGCUGCUGUGCGUGCAUACUCCUUCACGGGACUGCGUGACGUCAUCUCGGAUUGCGAGCGGCGCAGCGGAGCCCUGGCCCUCCGGAGCACUGGGCCCACCCUCUCCCCGGCCUCCCCUCGCACGUGUUCUUCACAGGCGCUGGUCUCGGUUGAUGACGUCACCAUGGAGGACCUGGCCGGUUAUGUGGAGUUCUACCUGUACAUCCCCAGGAAGAUGUCGCACAUGGCCGAAAUGAUGUACACAUGAGAGUGCACCCGCGUGCCAACGUGACCUGUCUGAUGAUGUAUGCACACUCAUCCUGCUUCAAUAAAGUUCAGUGUUUGGAA